UAGCAUAAAUUCCAAGCAAAGGAGAUCCCUUUCGCAACUUCAUAGAGACUACAUGCAGAGAGAGUUACAGCAAUUUGUCAACGUACUCUCUCUCUCGGUCUCUCACCAAGACACGGCAAGCUAAUGGCCGAUAUUGAACAAAUCCUUGGAGACCUGAACAAGGACUCCUUUGUUUCCCUCUUGAAAAACAUCAUUGGGGAGUCCAAAUAUGUCCAGAACAACCCGCCAGAGCUGAUCCCUGAAGAAGACAGGGUUGUCACACAUGUAUGGAAUUCUCUUCUCCCCUACAGCACCACCACUGGAGGAGGUCCCUUGAUUGUUAAUCAUGUCUCUUAUUUCCCUAAAAGAGGAAAUCUUAUUGUGGAGUACCCUGGGACUGAACCAGGAAAGAUCUUGUCUUUUGUUGGCAUGCACAUGGAUGUUGUUACUGCUCAUCCCAGUGAUUGGGAGUUUGAUCCAUUUUCGUUGAGCAUUGAUGGGGAAAAACUUCGUGGCCGUGGAACCACGGAUUGUUUGGGACAUGUUGCUCUUGUGACUGAACUGAUGAAGAAGUUGGGGGAGACGAAGCUGAAAUUGAAGUCAACAGUAGUUGCAGUCUUUAUAGCCAAUGAGGAGAAUUCUUCCAUAACAGGGGUCGGUGUGGAUGCACUUGUGAAAGAUGGUCUGCUCAAUAAGCUGAAGGGAGGCCCUCUAUUCUGGAUUGACACAGCAGAUAAACAACCUUGCAUUGGUACUGGCGGUAUGAUUCCUUGGAAACUUCACUUCACCGGGAAACUUUUUCAUAGUGGUUUACCACAUAAGGCUAUAAAUCCUUUGGAGCUGGGGAUGGAGGCACUUAAAGAGUUACAGUCUCGAUUUUACAAGGACUUCCCACCCCAUAAGGAAGAGCAAAUAUAUGGAUUUGCAACACCAUCAACAAUGAAGCCAACUCAAUGGAGUUAUCCAGGAGGUGGGAUCAAUCAAAUCCCUGCUGAGUGUACAAUUUCAGGAGAUGUCAGGUUAACACCCUUCUAUAGUGUCAACGAUGUGAUGAACAAACUACAAGAAUAUGUGGAUGAAAUAAAUGAGAACAUUGAGAAGCUUGACACAAGGGGCCCGGUUUCAAAAUAUGUCCUCCCAGAAGAAAACCUGAGGGGGAGCCUUACCGUCACCUUCAAUGAAGUGUCAUCUGGAGUUGCCUGUGAUCUUAAAUCCCGUGGCUUUGAAGUGUUGUGUAAAGCAACUGAAAAAGUAGUUGGGCAUGUAAAGCCUUACUCAAUCACAGGGACUUUGCCACUAAUUCGAGAGCUGAAAGAUGAAGGUUUUGAUGUUCAAACUGCAGGCUACGUUGUUACCAAACAAGAGAAACAAGGAACAGGAAUUGGGGUUGACCAGGGGGGAAAGAACCUGAAUAGGUCGAUGGGAUUAAUGAAAGACACAAGCAGAAGUUCACAUGAAGGUUUAAUGGCCACAUAUCAUGCCAAGAAUGAGUACUGCCUGCUUUCUGAUAUGUGCGAAGGCUACCGGAUUUUUUCCAGCAUCAUAAGUCAAUUAGAAGCUUGAUUUGAAACGAAGUGGAUGUCAUAACAAUGCCACCAGAUUCUAGAUAAGAAGCGUGUUAUGUUAAAGAAAUAAAUGAUUAUCAUGUAAACUCUGUUAAUUUCUAGUUUUGAAGGGCUUCCAAUAUGCUUCUUUUUUCUCUUCUUUUUGUUUUUUUUUUUUUUAGUUGCCCCAGCUUCCUGGAAAUUGGAACGUGAUGUUUCCAAUUUAUAUCUGGAUCUUGUUCCAUUUAUAGUUUGUCCUUGGCUCAGUAGAUCUGGCACUUGGACAUUAA